GCGGCGCCCCCUGACCCCGGGGUCGGGCAUGGAGCGGGCGCCCCCUACCCCCCCGGCCGCGCCCCCUCCCCCGCCGCUCCCCGGGACCCCCGGGACCCCCCCCGGGCUCGGGCGGGUUCUGCGGGAGGCGCUGGAGAGAGCGGGGGAGGCGCUGGGAGAGGACGGAGGCCUCCGGGAGCUGCUGAAGCGGCGCAGGGACAGCUUCCAGGGCCCCCUGAAGUGGCUCCUGUUCCACCGGCCCGUGCCCCCCCUGAUCCAGGACGGCCCCCAGUGUGGCCUGGUGGCGCUGGCCAUGGCGGGGGCGCUGCUGGGACCCCCCCGGCCUCAACUGGGUCUGGGGGCUUUGCUGGAGACGGCGCGGGCCCGGGGCUACACCCGCCACGGGGAGAUGUUCUCAGCCGCCCAGCUGGCCGCGCUGGCCCAGGAGCUGCUCCCGUGCCGGGCUGAGCUGCUCCAGGGGGGGCUGGGGGGGCCCAACCUCGGCCGCGUCCUGCGGCACCUCCAGAGGGGCCAUCCCCUGCUGGUCCCUUAUGAUGAGGACAGCAACCACGGACCCUGCUGCCGCCGCGGCCACAAGGCCCACUGGGCCCUGCUCAACGGGCGGCGCGAGGGGCCAGGGGCGCCCGGUGCCCGUGAGCAGAAUGGCGCGGGCUGCGACCAUGGGAGGGGUUCCCCAGGUGUGGCUCUGCAGUUGGGGCUGGGGGCUUUGGCCAAGGCCGCUCGGACACGGCUGCGUGGGCAGGAGCGGCCGCGGGCCCCGAGCCCCCUGCUGUCGGAAGCCUCUGCUGAGCGUUUGGUGGCCGCGCUGAGCCGGGCCCGGGGAGCGGCGCUCAAGCUGGGACAGCUGCUCAGCAUGGCAGACCCGGCCCUGCUGCCCCCGCAGCUCCAGCGGAUCCUGGAGCGGCUCCGGCACCACGCGGAGCCAAUGCCCGGCUGGCAGAGCUUCGCGGUCCUGGAUGAGGAGCUAGGUCCGGGCUGGCGGGAUCAGCUCCAGGAAUUCCAGGAAUUCCCAGUGGCCGCCGCCUCCCUGGGCCAGGUGCACCGGGCACGGCUCCGGAGCGGCGCCGAUGUCGCCAUCAAAAUCCAGUACCCGGGCGUCGCCCUCAGCAUCGGCAGUGACAUCGAGAAUCUCCUGACGCUGCUGAGCCUCAGCCCUGGCCUGCCCAAAGGGCUGUUUCCCGCUCACUCCCUGCGGGCUCUGCAGCGGGAGCUGGAGCUGGAAUGCGACUACGAGCGCGAGGCCGCCAGCGCCAACCGCUUCCGGUCCCUGCUGGGCUCGGAUCCGUUUUUCCGAGUGCCGGCCGUGGUGGCCCCGCUGAGCUCGCGCCGAGUGCUCUGCACCGAGUGGGGAAGGGGAGAGGCCCUGGAGCGCGGGAAGAGCCUCCCCCAGGAACGGCGGGACCAGAUCUGCUCCCAGCUGCUCCGGCUCUGCCUCCUGGAGCUUUUCCAGUUCCGUUUCAUGCAGACCGACCCCAACUGGGCCAAUUUCCUCUACGACCCCCAGAGCCACACGGUAACGCUGCUGGAUUUUGGAGCCACCCGGGAAUUUGAGCGCGAAUUCACCGAUCACUACAUCGAGGUGAUCCAGGCCGCGGCUGAGAGGGACGAGGAGAAAAUCCUGAGGAAAUCCCAGGAUCUGAAAUUCCUGACAGGAUUCGAGUCCCAGGCUCUGCAGUCCCUGCACGUCCAGGCCGUGCUGCUCCUGGGGGAGCCCUUUGGGGGUCCCCAGCCCUGGGAUUUCGGGGCUCUGGGGGGGCAGCGAACGGCUCGGGGGGUGCGGGGGCUGCUCCCCCAAAUCCUGCGGGGCCGCCUGGGUCCCCCCCCCGAGCCCAGCUACGCCCUGCACCGCAAACUGGGGGGGGUCUUCCUGGCCUGCGCCCGCCUCGGGGGCCGCGUGCACUGCCGGGACAUCUUCCAGGAGAUCUACGAGAGCUACUGGGGCCCCCAAAACCCCCUGGGGGACCCCAAAAUACCGGGGGGAGCCCCCGGAGCGGGGCGGGGGGAGGGGGAGCCCCCCCGGUGAGGGUGGGAGGAGCCCCCUCCCCAAUAAAGGGGAAUUUGACCCCAAAAUCGGGGCUGGGGUCUUGGAUUUUGGGGUUCCUGGGAUUUGGGAGGUUUUGGGAUUUUUGGGGCCGAUCCGGGGCUCGGGGUUGUUUGUGGGCGGGGUCAGCACGCGGGGGUGUGGCUCAUCUGCAUAUUCAUAAGGUCUCCGUCCAAUGGCUGCGGUGCCGUGGUGGGCGGGGCUCGCGUAUUUUAUUUGCAUAUUCAUGCGGCCGCCAGCCAAUAGCAGCUGUGUUGGGCGGGGGUUUUUGUUACUUUUGCAUAUUCAUGAGGCAUCCAUCAGAAGCUUCCUGGGCUGGGGUGGUUUAUUUGCAUAUUCAUGAGUGGACGGGGGCUUGGCGCACGGUUGGGGGCUGCGGACCCCGCUCCGCC